AUGGCGCCAAAAACCAUUUCCAUUAUUGGAGGAUUAGACUAUGAUCUGAUUAUGAUUGCGAACCGUAUCCCCGAUGGCGGUGAAAGUCUCCUGGCGAAUGAGUACUUCGAAGCUCUGGGUGGAAAAGGUGCCAACUCUGCAAUCGCGACAUACCGUACCUGUCACAAGAAGCCUAUGGAUGCCCACGAAACACCAGCAAUAGAGACCUUAGAGAAGCCAAACGAUGAUCAAGCAGAGCCGACAACCGCCGAGGAGCUCCGAGCAGCCCAGGAUCAACUCAUCAACCUCUCUGGCUAUGAGCUGGAAAUAAAUGUCAGAAUGGUCGGUGCAGUUGGUGAUGAUAAAUACGGAGAACGGUUCUACGCUGAGUUGAACAAGAACGGCGUUGACUCUUCCGGCAUCGUCACGGUGCCCAAUACUCAGUCGAGCAUUUGCUUCGUUAUGGUGGAGAACUACACACGCGAGAAUAGAUGUCUUUUCACUCUCGGUGCAACGGCGACCUGGACUAAAGAGCAUUUCUUGAAAGUGGAGGAUCUUGGCCAUGGUGUACGACCAGACCUCUGCGUCGCCCAAAUGGAGAUCCACAAGGAAUCAGAAGCAGCCAUCAUGUCUGGCCGCGACUUGGAUGAGGUGAACAAAGAUACUUGGCCCGUCAUUUGCCAGGAAUUCCUUAACCGGGGGGUUAAAAACGUUGUGGUCACUCUUGGAGAAAAAGGAGCCUACUACGCAACUGCAACGGAUCGUGACCAUUGCCCAGCGUACAAAGUUGAGGUUGUAGAUACCACAGCUGCUGCUCUAACAAUUACGAAGCUGGGCGCUCAGAAGGGCAUUCCUUGGGCCGAUGAGAUCGAUCGUUUCGAUGUUCCGUUCAAUGAUCCUGAUAUUUCAACGCUCACCAUCACUGACGAGGCUUCUGUGGUUCUAUGA